AGGCAUGCGCGUGAUUUCGACGCUCCGGAACGCGGACGAGGAACGUCGUAAUGGCGAGUGCGUCAGUGUCGCAUUCCUGAGUGGCGAUAGAAAGUUUCUGAGGUCCUCGUCGCCACGGCGUGGGCCGUCUGUUGGGGAAAAGCGUCAGGCAACGUCACGUGUGCCGAGCGUGAGAGCGUCGCGCUAAUGAGCGGCCCUCGCGUCUUCGGUGCGCGCACCUGCGACGGUAGCGUGUCAGUGAUUCAUGUCCGAGGAGCAUGGGAGUGAACGAUACAAAUAAUACAUGAUAAUCGCAGCCGUACCGAGGAGAGCUCGCCGGUCCGUUAUCACCAGGAGAACACUCGGGAGGUCAGGUUGCAGGGACCGAAAGGAGGGACGUCGGACCGACGCGCGCCCAGAAACGCUGUGGUAAUAUGAGCCCUGGCCUUGGAGCAUGAAGGUAACCGUGUGCUUUGACAACGUGAGGGUCGUCGUGCCUUGCGGCGAUGGGACCCUCCUCGUCAGGGACCUCAUGCACGAGGCCAUCCUCAGGUACAAGAAGGCAACGGGCAAGAGCGACGCAGGGCCCACCAUCGGCAGCCUGUCGUCGCUGACCGGAGGAGGCAUUCUGGACCCGGAUGAUCGCCUCUGCGACGUGGCCGAUGACAGAGAGCAGAUCGUCGCACAUUUCGUGGGAGACGGACCACAUGCUGGAGGAGACGGAGCCAGUUCGGUAGGCACCAAUAGCCCGGACUUCUUCCAGGUCGAUGGUAGGGAGCCCCGGUAUGCCAUUGACAUGCAACUCGGAGUUUCAACCAGCAGUAUCAAGAGGGAGAGUACCAAGAGACUGUCUAUGCACGCUCUUUCGAGCAGAGAGCCUUAUCUCGCGACGUAUUCGGCUCAGUCUUUGCCAAGAGAGUCGAGGAGAAAGGAGCCGCUGGGUCAGGAUGCAAAGGCUUCUUACGAGUUCUCUGGCUUGAGCACCGACCCUGCGGAACGAGGAGAGGUCAGGGAGAUAAUUAUUAAGAACGAGGCUGGACCGCUGGGUCUUCACGUGGUGCCUUGCUACGAUCUUUCGGGAAACGACCAAGGCCUCAGGGUAGAAGGAAUCGAACCGAAUGGGCGGAUUGCCAAGGAUGGGCAAAUCGGGCUGCACGAUAAGAUAAUCAAGAUAAAUGGGCAUAAUCUCCUGCACAUGCCCUUUUCCAAAGUGCAGGAUAUUUUUAGAACCUGUAUGAGCGAGCCUUGCUUGCGGAUUUCUAUACUUAAGCAUAAGAAGAGGCAGAACGAGAAGCAGGUUUCCAAAAGUCUUGGGAACAUCAGGAGUAGCGGAAAGAACGAAACCGAUGACAGUAUCAAAAGGCUGCAGUGUAGUAAUUAUAAUCUCUUGCAGACGGCCAACACUCGGAAAAUUGGGAGAAUGAUCGAGAUCGAGCUCACAAAGGGCAGCAACGGUCUGGGGUUUAGCGUUACUACUCGAGACAACCCUGCCGGGGGUCAUUGUCCGAUCUACAUAAAGAAUAUUUUACCGAAAGGUGCUGCAGUGGAGGACGGUAGACUGAGGCCUGGGGAUCGAUUGCUCGAAGUGAAUAACUUGGAGAUGACUGGCAAAAGUCAAGCCGAAGUUGUCUCCCUGCUCAGAAGCAUUCCACCUGGUGGUAAAGUCAGAAUGGUCGUGUCGAGACAAGAAGAAGUGCCUUCCAACGCGUCGGAGUCACACUUCGGUGUAUCCAGCACCGCUGCUCCGGAGUCUACCGAUAACCAGCGAUACUGGGACUCUUUACACCGAUCACCGACCAAGAAGAACAAUAAUAACGACAUUCCAGAGAAACUAGAUAAUAACCAGAGUUACGAUAAGGUUAAUUUCAAAGCGGUCAAGCCUUCGGAGGAAGUCGUAUUGUCUCCACGAAAGAAUCGCAUGAUUCUCACUCUGGAUAUACCGGUGCACGACUCCGAAAAGGCUGGCCUGGGGGUUAGCGUUAAGGGGAAGACUAGCAGUGCGGAUGACAAUACUAAUGUCGACUUAGGAAUAUUUAUAAAAAGCGUGCUCCACGGCGGAGCUGCCUCUAGAGAUGGUCGUCUACAAACUAACGAUCAGCUGUUGAAUGUUAACGGAGUGUCCCUCCUGGGAUUGUCCAAUUCCGAUGCAAUGGAAACUCUACGACGAGCUAUGCUGAACACGAACAGUUCCAUCACGGGUGUUAUUACCCUGACGAUAGCGAGGAGGGUGUCGACUUAUGACACAUGCGAGAAGAACUUCCUGGACAACGUGUCUUCCCGAUGCAAGCUCGAAUCAGCUAAUACAGUGUAUAUUUCAGAUACAUCGAAGCAAUCCGAAGGUAGAGUUAAGGAGAAGAAUGGUCUGAACAGUCCUGUGGAUAUCCUGGAUAACGGUGCGUUGCUACCCACUGCUACGGCCUCACCUUGGAAUCCAGUGAUCGACAGGCUCACCGAGCAGUAUAAUAAAAAUAGUCUUCGAAACGAAAGCUACUGUCUAGCUACCAACAAAACUUGGAUCGAGCCUACGAGCAAUAUCAAGAAAUUGUCCCUGGGGAGGGACGACCGGACGGAAGGUGUUCUUUUGGAGGAGUCUAACGAAGGCUCGCAUUGCACCGAUGGUAAGAAGAGCACCGAUGACAAGGACAGUCAGUACUCUGGGGAUCCUACGUACGAUAGCCAACUAUCAUUAGAGGAGUUCAACUCUUCUACGAAUAAAUUCUCUCGCGACGCCCUUGGCAGGCAAAGCAUGUCGGAGAAAAGACACGCAGCUCUGGAUGCCAAGAACACCGAUACCUACAAAAGGAACAAGAAGCUACGAGAGGGCAGGGAGAACAAAAACGUGGACUCGAAAGGUCACUCCGAGAUGUCCGAGAAGAGGACCUGCAAGCAGGAGGCCUUUGAGAAACCUAAUCUCAAAUCCACUAGUGGGGAGAGUGCUUCCUUCGACAACAGGAAGCACUACGAAAAGUCUGUCGACCCUGUUCAGCCUGAAUACACUUACACUAUUUCAGGAUGUGAGGAGAAAUUCGUUUCCCCCAGGAAACACUGGCUCGUCGAUGACGUACAUACUGACAUAUCCAACGGCAACAAUUUCAAGGAGGAACAGGAUGGAUUUUCCAACUCCAGGGGAGACGUCAAGCAGGCUUCCUUAAAUUCUGCCCUGGACGACCGCUACAAACGUUCCAGAAAGAAGGGUGGCAUCCGGUCCAUGCUCAGGCUGGGGAAGAACAGGAAGUCCUUGAACUUCGGUGACAACAUCGAGGCUCGCCACGAGUCUGGGAAUUAUUGCAGCGGAACGAUUAAUUACAUCGCAUGAUCGCGAGGCACGGAAUCGUCUCUCGGUUAGGAACAAAGUGAACGAAAGAGGAGACUCUGCGUUUAGAUAAAUUGUACAGAGUGUUACAAAAUUCGUGGCUACGGUCUGCACGUCACUAACCUUCUUAAAAAUAUACUCGAGUCCUGGGGAAUUUUUUUCUGCAGUGUCUAAAUUGCCUGUAGUAAUUAAUCGAAGAAGCAAACAACCAGGUGCAUCGAUUUGUGAAACAUGAAUUAAUUGUGAGCGAACUGUGCAUCGUAGAAGAAAGUCCUACGGGACUUUUUUUAUUCCAUUCUUUCAUAUGUUAAGCCUCGAAUUUUGUUACACUCUAUAUAUAUAUAUACAAUUAUGCGUUUUUCUCGUAUCAGUAUAAUUCGUGCGCGCUGCCCCACGUGGUCUGUGACAGCUGGCGAAGCUCCUAGGAACGUCGUUCUAUUGCGUCCUCCAAAGUGCCUUAUAACCGCAAGACCUGUAAUAACGAUAAACAAUUCUGUAUAUACGGUAUAUAAUUUUUUACUUGUCUCCGACCAGUACCGACUGGUGUAUCUGUCGAAGGAAUAAAUAUGGUCGAUAAGCGA